AUGGAAGAAUCUAAUAAUAUAAAAAAUAACCAAAAUGUAGGGGGAGGUGGUGAGGGGGGAGAGCGCGAGGCGGGCGCGAGCACUAGUGCGGUGCUGGAAAGACAAGUGGUUGAGACGGAAACAGGAAACUGUGAAGCGGAAUACCUGGACACCCUGGACUUUUACAUCCGGCACCUGGAAACAGGAAACUGCGAAGCGGAAUACCUGGACACCCUGGACUUUUACAUCCGGCACCUGGAAACAGGAAACUGCGAAGCGGAAUACCUGGACACCCUGGACUUUUACAUCCGGCACCUGGAAACAGGAAACUGCGAAGCGGAAUACCUGGACACCCUGGACUUUUACAUCCGGCACCUGGAAACAGGAAACUGCGAAGCGGAAUACCUGGACACCCUGGACUUUUACAUCCGGCACCUGGAAACAGGAAACUGCGAAGCGGAAUACCUGGACACCCUGGACUUUUACAUCCGGCACCUGGAAACAGGAAACUGCGAAGCGGAAUACCUGGACACCCUGGACUUUUACAUCCGGCACCUGGAAACAGGAAACUGCGAAGCGGAAUACCUGGACACCCUGGACUUUUACAUCCGGCACCUGGAAACAGGAAACUGCGAAGCGGAAUACCUGGACACCCUGGACUUUUACAUCCGGCACCUGGAAACAGGAAACUGCGAAGCGGAAUACCUGGACACCCUGGACUUUUACAUCCGGCACCUGGAAACAGGAAACUGCGAAGCGGAAUACCUGGACACCCUGGACUUUUACAUCCGGCACCUGGAAACAGGAAACUGCGAAGCGGAAUACCUGGACACCCUGGACUUUUACAUCCGGCACCUGGAAACAGGAAACUGCGAAGCGGAAUACCUGGACACCCUAGACUUCCACAGCAUGCCACCUUGGUAA